AUGAGCCUGCAACGCAACGGAUCUCUUCACACUGGCUCAGUGGUCACGCCGUCCGUCGCCAGGCCGGCUGGUCGUAACCUCAAAACGGCAGACAGUGCUCGCAGUACCGACAGGACAGACGCCUUGUGGGCUGAGAUGCAGGCAACAUUGGAGGAGGUCGAGCUGUCUGCAUCCGGCGGAACUCAUGUUUUUGGACCGGACCACGACCGCAAGCUGGAGGAGCUGCGAGCCGCUCAGAUUGCCCUGGCCCAAGCCUGGGCGCGCAGCGAGGCCGACGAGGCAAUUGAGACGGGACAGCGAUCCAACGCGUCCGCGGCAGGGGAAGAAGUUCGCAACUUGAAGAGUGCCGUUCUCGGAGAGACAGGCAUGGGGUCGGAUGGCGGUGACGGACCGCGAAGUACGGGGACCGGUAGCGCUCGACCGGGAAGCAGUGGGGGAACGGAGCGUCUCGGAGCGAAGCUUGAGCAAGAGACGGAAGUGGACAUUCUGCUUGCUCGGAAGAGACGGGAGGCCAACGACCGCUACUUCCAGCGAGUCAACCAGGGCGUGUUGGAUGUCGUGGCCAAGCUUGAGGAUGUUGCCGUUGCCAUGCGGGCUGUCGAGCAGGAGACUAAGGACAUCUGGGCCGAGAACGACAGCACGACCGGUAGUGCAAAGGAUUAG